GAGAGAGAGAGAGAGGGAGGGAGGAAGGUAUAGAAGAAGUCUGCCCAGUAACAAUCGCACAGCGGCGGUGGUGCGCUGAGGAACCAUUGGCUCCUGCGCGCAGACACACAGGGAGGAGGAAACAACUUAGACUGGAGGAGAAAAAAAAAAGAAAAAACUUUAAAGAGACAUUUCCCCCAGUUUUUCUCACAAGCACAGCUAUACAACCAGCGAGCCUCGGAUGGAAAUUAACAGCUCUAAAGCUCUGAGGAUUUUACAGUCCCGCAGUCUUCCCCUCAUGCACUUCAGUCUUGUUUCAUUCAGGGCUCGGGCUCUUUGAAGUUGACUAAGAAUAGCAGAGGGAUUAGCAUAUUUACCCAUGCAGAUUCUCUUUGUGGCUGCCAUGUGAGGCUAAAUCAUUUGGCAGUCAUUUUUUUAAUUAUCUGCUCAUUUACUUUACACUCUGAGUUUCCACCUGCUUUGGUCAAACUUUUUUUUAUAUAUAUAUUUUUAUCCCUAAAUGGAUUGAAAAGGUGAUUUAUAGCAGGAAUAUUGUUUUUUUUUGUGCUAAAAUAACCAAACCAACGAUCUGUGUGUUGUCUUUACGAGAAGGUUGUGCAGAAGAAGAAGAAAAAAGUUCAACGCUGCCUCAAAUUUCCUAGAAAGCUAUCUCACCAACCACAAGCAGUUAGAGGCAGCUAUUAAAAAAAAUGGUCGACAAAGCGUGUGUGCGUGUGUGUGUGUCUGUGUGUGUAUGUGUGUGUGUGUGUGUGACCUCUGUAAGUUAACAUGCAGCCUUUAUGGCCACAUCCAGUAUCUACAUGCGACAUCCUCAGCGCAGGUUCAUUGAGUCCAUUGAAACAAAACUAAAAAGAAACUCUCAGACAACUUGUUUAAAUCAGAAAUCAAUACUAAUUAAUCACUUUCUUUGUAUUGAUCUUCCUUUAAACUCAUAUUCAGUUCACAUUCACAAGGGACACUUGUUGCUCUACUGGGAGUAAACUGGGCUCAUUGUGGCUUGUAACAGCUGUAAAUGUGCGUAAUUAUGAACCAGACAGUCAUUUAUUUAUACUGUGUUAUUGCAUAAAUGACAAUAUCAUAUGAUCAUCCUCUUAUCACAAUCAAGAUUCUGAAAUAAGUGCACAAAAAACACACAUAAAUCAUCUCUUCAACCUGCCAGCAUCAUACUUUCACUAAACCCUUAUCAGCUGGAUAUAUUUGAUUCAUCCAAACAAACGAUAACAUUUGUUUAUUUGAUCUCAUAAGUCCUUAAAUGUGCGUAAAGUCCUGUUAACCUCGGUGUAAGUUUGAUUUUGUCUUGUGCUUGUGUCUUUGUGUUGUUGCGUCUGCGUUUGGCGAGAGUUUUACAAAGAAACGAGUUUAAUAGAAAAAGUUGCCUCGCAUGCCUGAGUGGAAGGAAGAGGAGUGCGAGCAGCGUGUUGCGUCUGGUCUAUACAGAGGUAAUGAAGUGAAUUGCGUCAGUGGCGCACGCUGGGCAGGCUUGAAAUGCAUGCGCCUGCCGGAGCCAGGCGGAUGAAAGUAGAGGCGCACUGUGGGGAGAGAGGAAAAAGUUCUCAACAAGGAGAGGCAGGACUACUCUGACGGAGCCCCUGCAGUCUCACUUUCUUAUGCCUCCAAUACACUUUCCCUGCCAUCCCUUUCUUUGCGUUUUUAACUCCGCCGCACUGCUUUCCGCCGCCGCCGAGAGAGAAAUCCGACUUUUUUCUACUUAAGUGAAAGCACCAGCGGCACCAUGGAGCUGCUCUGCCUCGAAAUGGACACCGUCAUACGAGCUCGUCCCGAUCCCAACCUCCUGUGCGAUGACAGGGUCCUGCAGAGCUUGCUGACCAUCGAGGAGAGGUUUCUACCCCAAUAUUCCUAUUUCAAAGGCGUCCAGAAAGACAUCCAGCCGUUCAUGAGGAGGAUGUUGGCUACUUGGAUGUUGGAGGUCUGUGAGGAGCAGAAGUGCGAGGAAGAAGUUUUCCCCUUGGCCAUGAACUACUUGGACAGAUUUUUAGCCGUGGUACCCACCAAAAAGUGCAACCUGCAGCUGCUGGGCGCAGUCUGCAUGUUCCUCGCAUCCAAAUUGAAAGAGACUCGUCCACUAACUGCAGAGAAGCUUUGCAUCUACACAGAUAACUCCAUCAGACCUCAAGAGCUGCUGGAAUGGGAACUGGUGGUGUUGGGGAAGUUGAAGUGGAACUUGGCAGCGGUGACGCCGAACGACUUCAUUGAGCACAUUGUGAGGAGGCUGCCGCUGCCUGAGGAUAAGCUGGCACUUAUACGCAAACAUGUCCAGACCUUCAUCGCCCUCUGCGCCACAGAUUUCAGAUUCGCCAUGUACCCCCCCUCCAUGAUUGCUACAGGAAGUGUGGGGGCAGCGAUCUGUGGCCUGCAGCUGGAUUCCACUGACCAGUCACAGUGGGGCGACAGCCUGACAGACCUGCUGGCUAAAAUCACAAACACAGAAGUGGACGUCCUCAAAGAGUGUCAGGAGCAGAUUGAGCGCGUGCUGGUGAGCAGCCUGCGUGAGGGCCGGCAGCAGCAGCAGCAGCAGCAGCAGACGCAGAGGGGCCCCAGCGACAAGGGCCUGGACGAGCUGGACCAGUCCUCCACCCCCACAGACGUCCGGGAUGUCAACUUGUGAACCACCAGAGGGCGUCGUCGCGCAGGAUUUCACAGAAACAAGAAAAAAAAAGAAGCAUCAUGAAAAAAAUUCUUAAAAGAUGAAAAAAAAGAACAAAAGAACAAAAAAUGUUUAAAAACACAAGCCCCUUUAAAAGAAAGAGAACAAUGCUUGCUAGUUUUUUUUUUUUUUUUGUAGAUUUUUUUCUGUUCUUCAAGUCAAAAAAGAAAAAAACAAAACGCCUGCCCACAAAAAAAAAAAUUGAUUUUCUAUGAUGUUUAAAGCAACAAAUUAGAUUCAAGAUGAAGCUCUGUGGUGCCUUGGAUAUACAGAAGGGAAGCCAAU